AUGGAAGAUAGAUAUUCUUUAAGCAUUAUAGAAGAAAUGGAUAAGCUUUGGUUUCACCAAAUCAUUCUUUUCUCACAACCAACAGCAACACCAUUUGUAGCAAAACAUGUUGAAAAACAUGUUCCUAUAUCAGAAUCUUCUUCCUCUUCGUCAUCUAUUCUUUCUUUGAUACCUCUACUCGAUGAAGAAACUUCAACAGAUGAAUCACUUUCUUCAGAGAAACAAGUUUCAAUAAUCUCUUUACCAAUUCAGGAUGGUUCAACUGAAAACAAAGAAGAAAUGAAGGAAAUAUUAAACCAAAUGAGUGAUUUGGAUUGUUCACAUUUAUCAUGUUCAUCGUUACCAACGACUCGAAACCGUCACGGAAACUCGAGGAAAAAGGAUAAACUGCAAAAAACCAUGAGCUGUAAGACACAUGGGGAACUUGAACUUGAUGAAGUGAAGGGUUUUAUGGAUCUUGGUUUUAUAUUCAAGAAGGAAUACAUUAGUCCAAGAAUGAUUAGUGUUGUUCCUGGCUUGCAGAGACUUUGUUCAUUCCAAAAUAACAAACAGAAACACUCAGUGUCGCAAAUAAUAAUGAAUGAUGCAAUAGAAAACCAUGAUGAUAUUGUUGUUGAAGUUUAUGAAGAUGAAAAGAGAGAUAUCACGAGACCAUAUUUAUCAGAGGCAUGGCUUAUAAAGAAGCCUGAUUCACCAUUACUAAGCAUGAAAGUUCCAAAGACUUGUUCAUCUGAUAAUAUGAAGAAACAUCUUAGGUUUUGGGCUAAAACUGUGGCCUCAGAAGUCAAACAAGAAUAA